GCCCCAGCCUGGACAUUCCAGAAGAGGACAGGGAAGAAUUGUGAUGGCCUUCUUCAACUUAUAUCUAUUGGGUUAUCAAAAUUUCUUUCACAACAAAAAAAGGAACACAACCGAAGAAACAAGCCAGAAGGAAUCGGUGCCCACCAGGCUGCCACCGAUUAUCUCAGCAGAUGGGAAUUACUCUGUGCAUCAGAAUAGCCACACAAAGUACCGUGAAGCUGUGCAGAAGGUGUUGUUAAAGACAUUUCCCAAUCAGGUCUUCAAAGUCCCCUUGACUGAUGCUCAGAACUUCAGCUUCUGGCGGUCCCAUGAUCCAGGAGUGCGCCCGGAGAAGGCCAUGCCGUGGAUCCAGAGCCCCCGACACAGCCUCAUCAAAAGCCCAAUGACCAGGUUUAUGGAUCACGCCAUUCUCAAUGACAGACUCUUCAGCCUGUACUGAGCCUGCCAGAGCUCCAGAAGCCCAGCAUGGACUCUGCAAGCACAGAGGGGAAAGAGGAGGGGAAGGGUGUCCUGGUUCAGCUGACAAAUUGGGGGCAGAGAAUGGGAAAGGCAGAGUAAACAGAUUGGACUAAAAGUCACCGUGUGCACUGGAAGUGAGGGGGAGGGAAGCCAUUCCAACGUGCAAAUUCCUGUGAGCUCAGGGGUGUAAAAGAUUCAUGAAGGAGCCAGAACUUGGGGUUUGGUUGGGCAGGGCCAGAGCACUAGAAAAACUACCACAGGGGUCUUAACUUCACGCAUGGCAGGAACCAGAGCAACAAAUACGGGCACACGCACCAAUGGCCGUUGUGAACUGAAGAGCUAGAAAAAUUCUCUGAAGAUACCGCGGCUUUACCUCGGCAGAGGAAAAACCAAAGGAGAGCUCUGGCCACAGCCAAGACAGGUGCGCAGCUGCCCCCUGCAUCAGGACCUGCCACUCUCACAACCCGGGGCCCAGAACAACUGCACCGAACAGGAAAUUUUACAAAGAGUCUGAUUUUAUUGAUACUUAAAU